AUGACCCGACGAAGCUCUGCCAUGGCUUCGACUCUUGUCUGGGCCAUCGUAUUCGCCGAGACGGCGCUGGCGCUCGCCAUCCCCCGCGACGUGGGCUCCACAGUCGACGGCGUCGUGGACGACUACAACGCAAUCUCUGACGGAUCGAAGGACAUCAAGAACGGCGACUACAAGAAGGGGUGGGACAAGCUGCCCAAGUGGGCCAAGAUCACCAUCAUUGUCGUUGCCGUCGUGCUCGGCCUGGUCAUCAUUGGCCUGAUCUCGUGCUGCGUCGGAUGCCUCAACCGCACGAGGGAGGUCCACCACUACCACGACGUCCCCGGCGGCACGCGCAACGCCUACCUCCCCAUGAACGACAUGCACCCCACCCCGACACCGUAUGAGUACGACCAGACAAAGUUCGAGCCGACGUACGAGCCCCCGAAGUAUGCGACGUAUGAGCCGAUGAGGCAUUAA